UCCGAUCAAUCAGUUCUUGCCAAGCUCCACGUUCCUCUCAACCCCCUCUCACCUACCCCUCGCAGUCGAGCUUCCUUACAUAAACGACUGGACUUACCCUUAGAACAAACUCUCGUCAGUCCCGCCAUCAAUCGCAGGAAUUGCACCAUCAAAGUCAACAUGCCUGGAAAGCUUGUCUUGUUCGAUAUCCCCGAUCGGAACGGAGCCUGUUGGUCCCUGAACCCUUGGAAGACUCGACUGGCGCUUAACUUCAAGAGCGUCGACUACGAGACGGAAUGGCUCGAGUAUCCCGACAUCGAGCCUAGGCUCAAGCCAACCGGCCUGGAAGGCGACCCGAACCAGAUCAAACCUUACACUUGUCCCGCUGUGCAGUUCCCCGAUGGUACAUACAUCAUGAAUAGCGCCAAGAUUAUAAAACGCAUCGAGGCCGACUACCCAGAGCCGCCCCUCUACAUCGACUCGGAGGUGCUCCAGUCGAUGUACAACCUUCUCAGCAAGACCUUUGCAGCACUAGUUGCUGUCCUGCUGCCAAACGUCCCCCGGAAAAUGUUGGGCGAGUACAGCGCAGAGUACUUCCAUCGCACCCGAGCGGAGAUUUUUGGGAUGUCACUUGAUGAGCUUGAGAAGGCCAAGGGAGGGGAGGAAGCUUGGACUAAUGCCAAGGAAUCAUUGGAGGGACUUGCUAGUCUUUUGAAUAAGACGGAAGGCCCUUACUUCCUUGGAGAUAAAGUCUCUUACACGGACCUCGUUUUUGUUGGCUUUCUGUACUUCGUCAAGCGAGCUGGCGAGGAACAUUAUCAGCGUCUUUUGCAGCAUUCUGAAUCCUUUGACAAGAUCUACAAGGGUUGCGAGAAGUGGCUGGAACGGGAUGAUCAUUGAGCAAGCACUUCUCGUGCGGGGGGUCAGAAGACUGAACGAUAUGUACCGAAGUCGGUUUUUCGUGAGAAAAACAAAUGAGAUCUGUCUAUUGUAAUGCU